AUGCGGCUCGUUGCUGUGGUCACUCAGAAGUAUGACGCUGAUAUAUCCUGGAAUAUCGUUAACCAGAGCAUCUGGGCCACUGUUGAAGCUGAUUUCGUAAUCAUCUCAGGUGCGCUCCCAUAUUUCCCAAGUAUCAAAACCCGUAUUCAAGUGCUAAUUACCACAGCAUGUCUACCAACCCUGCAGCCGGUAUGGGUAACAAUUCGAAAGAAAAGUUCUCAUGCCGAACAAUCAAGUUCGUCGUAUCAGCAUCUAGCCGGAACUACGCCGCCGAAGCGUACGCCAUCUUCAUGGGCGACAUUGAUCCUCGGAUCCAAAGCUAAUUAUGAGGAGGAGGAUAGCUUGCCAGUAACAGCUGUACACGGUCCUACCGAAGAUCCUCUACACUCUGAGGCCGUACAAGAGCUACAAACGUCUAGCAUAACUACAUCAAUCCCAUUAUCGGAUAUUCCAACUGGGAUGGUUCAGAGCCCGCAUACCAUAAGAAUCAAAAAUACAUUGGAUGUAGAGUACAGCCAGGAGGUUCAGCAUGAGACCCAUACCUGA